AUAGUACCCACUUCACUUUGUUACUUCUCAACAUUCAGUUUUCAAUCUAACAAAAACAUAAAAGCAUUCAGUUUUCAAGCAGAAGUUUAGAGACAAUGGCUAUCAUCAAUUUCGAGGAUCAAACCACAUUGUACAAUUUCGUGGUCAAAGAAGGUAACGGCGUGAAAGGUAUGAUAGACUCGGGCCUCUCCAUUGUUCCAAAGCCCUUCGUCCAGCCUAUCUCUGAGAGAAUCCCGACCCAAAACGCCCUUACUUGUGAGGCUUCCCAGCCGAUCGAUCUUUCCCAUCUAAACGGCCCACACCACAAGGAGGUGGCCAAACAGAUCGUUGAAGCUGCUGAGACGCUUGGCUUCUUCCAGGUGGUGAACCAUGGUGUUUCAGUGGAGCUGCUCGAAUCNUUACUUCUCAACAUUCAGUUUUCAAUCUAA